AUGUUGUACCGAUUUGUCUUGUGGAGCGCAGUGUUUGUCAUGGCCGCUUUGGGAGGAGAUGUGACGGUGUUGUCAGGGAGUACCUUUGACGAUUUCAUUACAAAGAAUCCUGUGGCGUUGGUGAAGUUCAUGGCGCCUUGGUGUGGUCAUUGUAAGAGGUUGGCGCCUGAGUAUGAGCAGGCUGCAACUGAGUUAAAGAAGGUGAACAUUCCUUUGGCUGAAGUGGAUGCGACGGUUGAUCAAGAGUUGGCUCAGAAGUACAACGUGCAGGGUUUCCCUACGAUGUUCUUGUUCAGAGAUGGUAAGAAUGAACCAUACAACGGUGGCCGGACGGCAUCUACCAUCGUGGACUGGGUGAAGAAGAUGACUGGUCCUGCUCUGACUUGGGUCGAGGGUGAGGAAACUGGUAUCUCGAGUGAGACUGAUGCGGGAAUCCGUUUCGUCGGCGCGUUCAAGAGCAAGGAGAGCGAGGAGGCUAAGUUGUUCGAGGAGGCAGCUAAGACGCAUCGCAUGAAGGGUUCCUUUGCGGCGUUUGUCUCUCAGGAUGAAAACAAGACGAACAAAGUCACUGUGCUGCGACCCGCUGAGGACCCCGUUAGCACCACGGUGACCACCAAGGGCUUACUCAACGCCUUCAUUGGUGAGGAGUCCGUACCACUCUUUGGUGUGGUUAACGGUGAGAAUUAUGGUGAGUAUGCCGCUCGUUCCAAGUCCUGGGUUUGGUUCGCCGGCAACAAGGAUGACUUCAACAAAGUUGCACCCGAAGUGCGCAAAGUGAGCAAGGACUACCGCUCCAGCUUCAACUUCGUCUGGCUCGACACGGACGUACACAAGCAACAUGCCGAACACAUGCUUGGUCUCACCGAGAUCCCAGGCCUCGCCAUUAUUUAUGAGGAAGCCAAGUUCCAUCAUCCCGAUCCCGCCAAUCUCAAUCAGAAAGAGAUUUCCAAAUUCAUCGAGAAGGUCAAGAGUGGCAAGGUCAAGCGCUUCCUCAAAUCCGAGCCCAUUCCCGAGACCAACGAUGGACCCGUCAAGGUCGUUGUCGGCCAACAAUUCUCGGAAAUCGUCCUCCAGAAAGAUACCGACGUCUUCCUUGAGAUCUAUGCCCCCUGGUGCGGACAUUGCAAGAAACUCGCACCCGCCUAUGAGGAAUUCGCCAAUAAAAUCAAGGCCAACAAACAUGUCAUGGUCGCCAAAUUCGAUGGCACAGCAAACGAACCUGACGUCUCCGGCUUCGAGUACAAGGGCUUCCCCACUCUCUUCUACGUCAAGGCCGGAUCCAAAGAACCCAUCAUUUAUGAUGGCGAACGUACUGUCGAAGGACUUAUCGCAUUCACCAAGAAAAAUGCUUCCAAACCCGUCGUCGUCUCUGAGGACGACUCUACCAGUGCUUCUGGCUCCCAGUCUGACGAACUGUAA